GUGUUCACAUGACGCAGAUCAAGAUUAAAGUCCCAGAUAUCGGAACCGAUGACGCUGUUGCUAUUAUCGAUCUUUGGGUUAAAGAAGGGCAGGACGUGAAGGUCAAUGAUGUCUUGGUGACCUUGGAAAGUGAUAAAGCCAGUAUGGAUGUACCCGCUGAGCAGUCGGGUCAAAUCGUGGCCGUGCAUAUUAAAGUGGGUGACCAGGUCAAGCAAGGUGAUGUGCUUUUUACCCUAGAGCAAACGAUAUUUGAUGUGGGUUCUGCUCGCCCAAUGACCUUAGAGUCGAGCGAUGGUUUACCACCAGCCAUGUUAGGAACGAUCGCUGCCACUAAAAAUGCACUAGAUGCUCUUGAUGACGAUAGGCAGGGAGCAAGUGAUUUACAAGUAGCGCAAGCAGAGCAAACAACGGUAAUUCGGGUUCCUGAUAUUGGCACAGAUGAAGCGGUUAAUAUUAUUGAAGUUUUUGUUAAGGAAGGUGAUACGAUCGCUGUUGAAAGCCCUUUAUUAACAUUAGAGAGCGAUAAAGCGAGUAUGGAUGUACCUAGUCCACAAGCUGGGGUGGUUAUUAAGGUGUUGCAAACGGUUGGACAGGCUGUCAAGACAGUUUAUAUUGGUAAGCCUUUGGCGGAAGAUCAUCACUCCUUGGUUGAACAAGUCAUUUUAGAUGAACAUGUCAAACAUGCAGGGCCUGCUGUGCGUAAAUUUGCACGCGAAUUGGGGGUCGAUAUUAAUCAAGUUGCUGGAACCGCACCACACGGACGCGUAACAAAAGAGGAUGUUACGGAAUUUACUAAACAAACGUUUGUCAAUCUUAGACAACAAGCGAUGGUAGCUGAGGGCAAAAGUUCUUCGCAAGCCAAUGCGGUACAAACCUUAACUCAGGCAGCUGCGGCCAGUGCUGUCUCUGAAACUGUGUCGGCUUCGCAGGUAAAACCAUUUGUGUCAACAGAGGGCAGCAUUUCUGUGAUUGCGUGGCCUAAGGUUGAUUUUACAAAAUACGGUGAUAUUGAACGAGUACCCAGAUCGAAAAUUCAAAAAAUUUCUGGUGACAACUUACAUCGUAAUUGGGUAUCGAUUCCUCAUGUGACACAGAAUGAAGAAGCUGAUAUUACCGAUUUGGAAAGUUUUAGAGAAACACUUAAUCUUGAGCAAGCCAAAAAGGGCGAGCAUGGCGUUAAAAUUACACCGUUGGCCUUUAUGAUUAAAGCGGCGGUUUGUGCGUUGCAGCAAUUUCCACGUUUUAAUGCUUCCUUAGAUGGUGAUGAUUUGGUGCUCAAAAAAUACUACAACAUUGGUUUUGCAGCCGAUACGCCAAAUGGCUUGGUCGUUCCAGUUAUCCGUCAAGCAGAUCAAAAAGGUCUUAUCGAAAUAGCCAAAGAAAUGAGUGAGCUAGCAAAACUAGCGCGAGAAGGUAAAUUAAAAAUCGAUCAAAUGCAGGGUGGAACUUUUUCGAUUUCUUCGUUAGGUUCGAUUGGUGGCACAACGUUUACACCUAUCAUUAACGCGCCAGAGGUCGCAAUUUUAGGUGCUUGUCGCAGUAAAAUUCAACCCGUUUGGGACGGCAAAAAUUUUGUACCACGUUUGAUACAGCCCUUAUCCUUAUCUUAUGAUCAUCGUGUCAUCGAUGGAGCCGAUGCGGCACGGUUUUGUGUCUUUUUGGCCAAUGUGUUGACUGAUUUUAGAAGGGCGGUUUUG